GGGUAAUGGGAAGUGACGCAAUCUUUGUGUUGUCAUGUGAGUUUCACGGUCUCCCUUCCUGGCGGGCCCGCGUGGAGCUAGGGAGGCUGGGGGAGGGGGCUGCGGAGGGGGCGUGGCGCCGGCAUUUCACACUCGCCUUCACUGUCACGCGCGGCCGCUGGCCAGGACAGAAAGAUGGGCAAGAAGAACAAGAAAGAGAAGAAGGUGAAGGGGGCCGAGAAGACCGCCGCCAAGAUGGAGAGAAAAGUGUCCAAGCGCUCCCGGAAAGAGGAGGAGGACCUGGAAGCUCUGAUAGCACAAUUUCAGACCUUGGAUGCCAAAAAGACCCAGAUCAUAGAGGCACCAUGCUCUCCACCUUCACCGAGGUUAAAUGCUUCCCUGUCUCCUCAUCCUGAGAAAGAUGAAUUAAUCCUUUUUGGAGGUGAAUAUUUCAAUGGCCAAAAAACUUUUUUAUACAAUGAACUCUACUUCUACAAUAUUAGAAAGAACACGUGGACAAAAGUUGAAAUCCCCAAUCCACCUCCCAGGCGCUGUGCUCAUCAGGCAGCCGUGGUCCCUCAGGGAGGCGGACAGCUGUGGGUGUUUGGAGGAGAGUUUGCUUCUCCUGAUGGAGAACAGUUCUACCACUAUAAAGAUCUCUGGGUUCUGCAUUUGGCCACCAGGACUUGGGAACAAAUCAAGGCAACAGGGGGGCCUUCAGGCAGGAGUGGGCAUCGAAUGGUGCCUUGGAAGAGACAAUUAAUCAUCUUUGGUGGAUUCCACGAGAGUACAAGGGAUUACAUCUAUUACAAUGAUGUGUAUGCCUUUAGCCUGGAUACAUACACAUGGAGGAAACUCUCUCCAUCAGGGACAGGUCCCACGCCGAGAUCUGGCUGUCAGAUGUCCGUCUCCUCAGAGGGCGCCCUCAUCAUCUACGGCGGCUACUCCAAACAGAGAGUGAAGAAGGAUGUUGACAGGGGCACUCUACAUUCAGACAUGUUCCUGCUGAAAUGUGAAGAAUGCAAGGAAGAAGACAAGUGGAUGUGGACUCGGGUCAACCCCUCUGGAGUAAAGCCCACUCCCAGGUCUGGUUUCUCAGUGGCCAUGGCUCCCAAUGGGCGGACGCUGCUUUUUGGGGGCGUUUGUGAUGAAGAGGAGGAGGAGAGCAUUGAGGGGGACUUCUUCAAUGACCUGUACUUCUAUGACAUCGCCAAGAACCGCUGGUUUGCAGGACAGCUGAAGGGCCCUAAGGCAGAGAAGAGGAAACGCAGGCGAGGCAGAAAACCAGUGCCUGAGAGUGUCGAGAAUGAGGAGAGGGAAGAGACCAACCCCCAGGAGCCACAGGAGGAGGUCAAAGAGGUGGUGGCCGAGGAUGGAACUGUUAUGACGAUCAAACAAGUGAUCCCUGUCGCUGGGACAUCCACAGUGUCUGAGUCUGAAGAGGAAGACGCUUCUGAUGAGGCCAAUGGCCCUUUGGUAGAGCCCUGUGCUCGCUCGAAUGCCAUGCUGGCUGUGAAGCAAGGGAUGCUCUACGUCUAUGGGGGCAUGUUUGAAGCUGGGGACCGCCAGUUCACCCUCAAUGAUCUCUACUGCCUGGAUCUGCACAAGAUGGAAGAAUGGAAGGUCUUGGUAGAGAUGGAUCCCAAAACUCAAGAAUGGUUGGAGGAAAGUGACUCAGAAGAUGAAGUAGAAGGAGCAGAAGGGGGAGAGGAGGAAGAGGAAGAAGAGGAAACAGAGGAAGAAAGUGAAGAAGAUGAAGAAAGCAAUCAGCACCCUGCAGUUGAGCCUAAUGAAAAAUACAGUGACUAUUUGCCUCGGACUGAAGGGUAUUGGGUUAAGGUCGCUCGGAGCAACAUGGGGCCUGACGCAAAGGAGAAGAAAGUGAUCAGAGUAGCCCAUGCCAUGGCCAAGACUUUUUAUGGUGAUUCGGUUUAAGGAUAAAAUUGGUGUUUACUUCUCAGAAUGGGCAAAGUAGUUCAAAUCAUUAACGUUACUGAAAAUGUUACUUCUAAAUAAACUGAGCCCACGGCUAAGUGGCUUACAAGGUCUUUGUAAAACCUUGGGAAGACCAGCACCUCUGGGUCACUCAGCUGCUCUCGUCAUGUCCUCCUGGGGGCAGUUGGGAUCAGGGCAGUGCAUGGAGCAGACCUCCCAUUGGCCGAGAGUGUACGCAGAAACAUUUGGACUGAGCACUAGGGCCAGAUCUUGUACAUAAAGUGUUUGGAAGAAGGAUGAAUGAAGAGCUAAAGAGGUACAGGGAGGCUAUGAAUGGGAGUUCUCUUCAUAUGGAAACCAGAAGUUUGUCCUGGUAAACCAUUUUACUCUUUGGUUCUCUUAGAAACCCAAAGGUUUCAGCACAUUUAAUCUCUGAACCCUCAGGAAGCAGACCCAAGGCUGGUUGGACUCUAAUAAUUGUUUACAAAAUAAAGCGUUUUGUUUGGUUCACUCUGUA